ACAAAAUGGCGUCAACAACAGGAGUUGAAUUCUAAACUUGUUCAUUUCUUUGCAUUUUGUGUUACGUUAAAUGUACAUAAAAUAUUUGAAAAAAUAGAAAGUUGUAGUUUGAUGCUCCUCUAAUAAUGGCGCACAGUACUUACAACAAGCAGUGGAGUGAGGCGAAUAAUGCUUUAGUGGAUUUAUUAGAAUUUGAAAUUCCCAAAGAGGAACGGAAGCAAGACAAGAUCCAAAACAAUGUUGAAGCAUUCCAGUUACUUGCAGUGACAUACGUGAAGUACAUCCAAAUAUUUAGGAAACUUGAAGAAUGUUAUGACCAGAUUGUCCACCCACAGAAAAGACGUGUUGUUAGACAUGUACUAGAUGGCACAAUUGGAAGAAUCUUGGAGUUAAAGAAUGACAUGGUUUUAUUGGAACAUUCAGAGUAUCAUUAUUUUGAUGAUGUUCUAUCAGAUCUUAAACUUACACCGAAUGACAUAGAGAUGCCAAUCCCCAAAUAUUUCUUAUUUGAAAAUGCAAAAGCCCUGAAGGAAAGAGAAAAAUUGAUGGGGAGUAUUUUUGCCAGAAAAGGACCAGUUGAUACUGCUGUUGAAAAAGAAGAGAUUCAAAUGUCCAAGGAUGAUGCAAUUAGGAUUAUUCAGGUCCACGAAAGAGCACGGCAAGGACGAUUGAGGGCAAAAUUUAUGCGUGAAAUAAGAAUGCAAGAGGAGAGAGAGAAGCAAGCUCAGCUACGAGGAGCCCCUGCUAUUGAUCCAGAUCUCGCGGCCACGAAAAUACAAAAAGUCUGGAAAGGUUUUGCUCAAAGAAAACGUACAAAACAAUUGCGAGAAGACGAGUUUCAAUUCAUUGGCAUGAAAAUGCCAAAUCCCGGUAAAACGAAAUAUACUCCAUGGAAGAAAGAGGAAAAAGUUUGUGUUCACAGAAGAGUUGUCCAAGACGACCACGAAAAAGAAUAUCAAGAUGCGUUGGUGAGCAUUAAGGAUAAGAUUCGCGACGUCGAAGGUCCUGACAUGAAAGAAACGAUGCAGGACCAAGUCAGACAAUGGUUUAUCGAGUGUCGCGACAAAACAGGAAAAUUCCCUGAUUAUCCAUCUGACGAUGAAGGAGGGUCAGCUAUGUUGUUUAAGGAGAAAACACCAGAAGAGCUGGCCAAAGAAGAAGCAAGUAAGGAUGAAGAUGGCGGCGGGAAAGGCAAAAAAGGAAAAAAGGGAAAGAAAGAUAAAAAAGCAAAAAGCGCGGGAAAAGACAAGAAAGGAAAAGGAAAGGGAAAAGGAAAAGGGAAAGGAGGAGGUGAUGACGAGGAAGAAAAAGGUUUCAAAAUGUCAGAGUCAAAAUUUAUUGGCGCCAUCAACGAAUCAGUUCAUGCGUAUCGAGACGUUUGGCAAUGCCGCGAUGAACACAACAACUUUCAACAAAAAUAUGACGCUGAAUUAAUCAAGGAAGCGAAGAGACUUGAAGUCGAAACUGAAGUGAGAAAAAAUGUGGACGAAUUGAUGCGUGAGGAGUUGAAGAACUUAAAAAUGGCGGUAGAUAGGGAUAAAGGUGGUAAGAAAGGAAAGAAAGGGAAGAAAAGUGGUAAAAAGAGCGGUAAAAAGAAGAAAAAGAAGAGCGGAAAGAAAAGUGGUAAAAAAGGCAAGAAAAAGAAGAAAGAAAAAGAUCUUACCGCUGAUCGAACUAUGGAGUCAUUGUAUGAAGAGCUUGUUGAUGAAAAUAUCUUAGUUCGUCAUCCAAAAGUUCAGUUGUCUGAAUUCUUAGGGGAAUUCAGUUAUCUUGGAUCAACUCUGCGUCAAGCGAACAUCGAACCUAUGCCGUCUCUUUCCGACGUUCGCCGUGUCAUCACCGAGUUCUGUGUUCUUCCUUUAGGUUCUCAGGCAAUCCACGAGAAAGCUCCUCUCAUCAAGUCCAUGCUGAUAGCCGGACCACGUGGUGUUGGAAAGAAAACCUUGGUGAACUGCAUCUGUACGGAGUCUGGGGCGAAUUUCUUUGAUCUUACCGCGUCCAAUAUUGUUGGCAAAUAUCCAGGAAAAGCCGGUCUUAAUAUGAUGCUACACAUGGUUUUCAAGGUCGCCCGACAAAUGCAGCCGUCUGUUGUGUACAUCGGGGAUGCUGAGAAGACAUUCAUGAAGAAAAUCCCAAAAACUGAUAAAACCGACCCGAAGCGGUUAAAGAAAGAUCUACCGAAAAUAUUAAAAACUCUGAAGCCGGAGGACAGAGUUAUGAUAAUAGGAACAUCGAAAUCACCUUUUGAUGCCGAAGUGAAACCAUUUUGUUCAGCUUAUCAGAAAAUUGUGCUAAUUCCUCGACCAGAUUAUGCUUCACGUUAUUGUUUAUGGCGGGAAUUGAUUAUUAAACAAAAAGGAGUUAUUACGGACAACCUUGACGUCAGCUCACUCGCCAAGAUCAGCGACGGAUACACUCCAGGUCAUAUUAUCGAGGUCAUCAAUCAAGUUCUCUCAGAACGCAGGAAACAACAGUUGGUAAAGAAACCAUUACUUGCCUCUGAGUUUAUUCCUUCGCUUGCUAAGAUUGAUCCAAUUUACAAAGAAGAAGAAGAGGCGUUCAAGACCUGGUACACAAAGACUCCACUUGGCAAGAAACGUCUGAAAGCCGCUAUGGGAGAUGAAGAUGGCGACAAGAAGAAGGGAAAGAAAGGCGGCAAGGGUAAAAAGAGCGGGAAAAAAGGAAAGAAGAAAAAAUGAACGUAUGAUUACGAUUAUAUAUUGUAAAUAUUGAUUGUCCUUCGGUGAAACUUGAGAUAUGUCCUAGAAUAC